AAACUCAAAUCCCUGACGAUAUGGCCGAUCUCAACGAGAAGCUCCGCGUCUUGCUAGUCGGUAACGGUGGUCGUGAGCACGCGCUUGCAUGGGCCCUCCAGAAGUCUGCCCGUGUCGAGAGGGUCUACGUCGCUCCUGGAAACGGUGGUACCGGCAGUGCCUUCGCCAAUGUCGAGAACGUCGAGAUCGGUGUCUCUGACUUUGCCAACUUGGUCAAGUUCGCUGUUGAGAAGAACGUGAACCUUGUCGUACCUGGUCCUGAAGUUCCUUUGGUUGAGGGCAUCGAGACUCACUUCCGCAAGGUCGGUAUCCCUGUUUUUGGCCCCUCAAUGGCCGCCGCCCGUAUGGAGGGCUCCAAGACCUUCUCCAAGGACUUCAUGGCCCGUCACAACAUCCCCACCGCUGCUUACAAGAACUUCAGCGACUACAACGCUGCCAAGGAGUACCUUGACAGCAUCGACCACGACAUUGUCAUCAAGGCGUCCGGUCUUGCCGCAGGAAAGGGUGUCAUUAUUCCCACGACCAAGGAGGAAGCACACGCCGCUCUCAAGGACAUUAUGGAGGACCGUUCUUUCGGUGACGCUGGUGACGAGGUUGUUAUUGAGGAGUUCAUGACCGGUGACGAGGCCAGUAUCUUGGCUUUCUCCGAUGGAUAUACCAUCGUUGCUUUGCCUCCUGCGCAAGAUCACAAACGUAUUUUCGACGGUGACGAAGGACCUAACACCGGUGGUAUGGGAUGCUAUGCUCCCACGCCCUUGGCAACCCCCGAGUUGUUGAAGCAGGUCCAGCAAACCAUUCUCCAGCCUACCAUCGAUGGAAUGAGACGGGAUGGAUACCCUUUCGUCGGUAUGCUCUUUACUGGUCUUAUGCUUACACCUACCGGCCCCAAGGUCCUCGAAUACAACGUUCGUUUCGGUGACCCUGAGACCGAGACCGUUCUUCCAUUGCUCGACUCUGACCUUGCCGAGAUCUUCUUGGCAUGUGUGGAAAGGCGCUUGGAUGCCGUUGAGAUCAAAGUGAAGCCUGGAUUCGCUUGUACUGUUGUCCUUUCCGCUGGCGGAUACCCCGGCAACUACCCUAAGGGCGACAAGAUCGAGUUCGCUACUCCUGGACCCGACACGCAAGUGUUCCACGCCGGAACCGCUGUUAGGGAUGGUGGCAUCGUCACCAACGGUGGGCGUGUUCUCGCCGUUUCCGCCACUGCGAACGAGCUCAAGGAGGCUGUCGACAAGGCUUACGAGGGAGUCAAGACCAUUCAGUUCAAGGACAUGUUCUACCGUAAAGAUAUUGCGCACCGUGCGCUCAAGCCCAGGGAGACCGCUGCUUCUUCUGGCCUUACCUAUGCCCAGGCUGGUGUGUCCAUCGAGGCCGGUAACGAGCUCGUUAACCAGAUCAAGCCCCUCGUCAAGUCCACGCGCCGCCCAGGUGCUGACGGUGAGAUUGGUGGUUUCGGAGGUGCUUUUGACCUGAAGGCCGCUGGCUUCCGAGAUCCGAUUCUCGUCAGUGCCACCGAUGGUAUCGGAACGAAGCUCAAGAUCGCUCAGUCCAUCGGCAAGCACGACACUGUCGGUAUCGAUUUGGUUGCCAUGAACGUCAACGACCUGGUUGUGCAGGGUGCUGAGCCUUUGUUGUUCUUGGACUACUAUGCAUGCGGGAAGCUUGAUGUCCAGAACGCUACUGCUUUCGUUUCCGGUGUUGCUGAGGGUUGCAGACAAGCCGGAUGCGCUUUGAUCGGUGGUGAGACUGCGGAGAUGCCGGGCCUUUACGCUGGGGACGAUUACGACGGUGCAGGUACUGCUGUCGGAGCUGUCGAGCGCGGUAGGAUGCUUCCUUCAUCUGACCUGGGUGCCGGCGAUGUUCUUAUCGGUCUGGCGUCCAGUGGUAUCCACUCUAAUGGAUUCUCGUUGGUUCGUAAGAUCAUCGAGCGUUCCGGUUUGAGCUUCACCGAUGCUGCUCCAUGGAACCCUUCGACUACCAUUGGUGAAGGAUUGUUGACCCCCACUAAGAUUUACGUCAAGCCUCUGUUAGCUGCGGUCAAGAAGGACCUCAUCAAGGCCAUGGCUCAUAUCACCGGUGGUGGAUUCGUUGAGAACGUUCCGCGCAUGUUGCCCAAGAACCUCGCCGCAGAGAUCGACGUUUCUGCGUGGGACCUUCCCCCAGUGUUCACCUGGUUGAAGAAGACAGGUGGUGUUCCCAUCGAGGAUUUGGCACGCACUGUCAACAUGGGUAUUGGUAUGGUCAUUGCUGUGGAGGCUAGCAAGAAGGAUGAGGUUUUGUCUGUGCUUCGGGCAGAGGGCGAGAUCGUUUACGAGAUCGGUAGACUGAUUGCUCGCGAGGAUGAGGGUUGUGUCUUGAAGAACAUUGAGCGUUGGUAGACGGCG